GACGUGUAAACCAGGAACUCAGAGUAAAAACAGUGGUGUGUUGGCAUUCUGGAGAAAUUUGGAGCAAAGUACAAUAAAUGUGUGUUUUAUCGUUCUGUACAGCAGCCAGGGACACCGUAAUGCAGUAAGACCUCCACAGAGCGACGUUUUCUCUCGACAGACAGGAGCAGUGUGAGUAUACUCGUAAAUGUGAUGAAAGAAAGCUGACUUUGAGCAUUAUAUGAUUCAAUACAAUUAGAUUUGAUCAAACGCUAACAUAAGAGCACCGGAAAUAAAUGUCAUUGCUGCUAGUGCUACGACUUUCUUCUUUAUGAUCAGGACUGCAGAGGAAAGGGGGAUCAAAUGCAUGUACUUUUGCAGAUAUAAACCGGGAUUUGAAUGUGAAUAAAAAACCACAAUGCAAAAGGUUAGAAAUCAUGCUUGUUAAGACCAUCAUGUUCUAAAAAGCUACGUUACAAAGCUGCAUGCUGCUGCAGCCGGUCUCCAAUACAUCCUUUUAGCUUAAAACAUACAAUUUAACAUGUCAGCAAGAGUAACAUCCAUAUUUAUCAAUGCAAUAUUUGUUUUGAUUAAUUACAAAUGUUAAAUUAAAGUUAAAUUAAAGUAAUUUUAGAUUAAAGUUUUGGUUUUGAAAAAGACGAUAAAAACUCUAUGAAAUUUUACCAGAUGCUGGGACCCCAACCCCCCCCCCAAUUUUGGGUGUGUUACAUAAUACACAGUUUAAGUAUAAAGGUCCUUUCACACUGGGGCCAACACAAAUAUAGAAUGCGAAAUUAUGAAAUAUUCGGAGGUGGAUUUUGACGUGCCUGACUAUACACCUCAAGCCCAAGUCCUGCCUCCUUCACCUCUAAUUGGCUAGAAAAGCUGGAAGCGUCAUCACACGCUCAAGCCAAACGGUCAGCACUUAUGGCCAAUCAGAGGCGAUAAGAUAAGCACAUGAAACUAUGGUAACAACCGUUAGCUUACAUUAGCACAGAUGAAAGUUAAAACAAAGGCAUUUAGUAAACUGUUAAAGCACACGAACCAUCAUCUUAUGAGAAUUCCGAUGCUAUGAUGUCAUUCAGUUCGUUAUCUUUGUAAUGUUUGUGUCUUUUAUCAAAAAGCACUCUUUUCUCAGACAAGUAAACAAUCAGCUGGUCGGCCAUGUUGGAUAUACCGGUGAAUCAGACGUCGCAACAACACGCUAUCUGAUUGGUCAAAGUGGACACACAGUAUGCGAAACUUUAGAAAAAUUGACCAUGACCUGAAAAAAUAAAUGCUGCAAUAUCGCAGGACGGGAAAACGUCGCUGAUGUGAACGCUUGUAUUGACAGGAUACGCGUUCGAAAAAAAAUACUGACAUCCGAAAUAAUCGCACGACAAAUAUGGUCCCGGUGUGAAAGGACCUUAAGUUUGUUGAUUUUUCAAUCCUUGUCUACAUUUUUGUGUCGUUAUCCCCUCCUGUUUCCUGUCCCUUUCCGCUCACUUUUCAAACUAAUAUUGUUUCUUUCUGCAGGUUAUUAUUACUAUUUGAGUCAGUUGUAUCCAUAGCAACAGGCUGCUGUUAAAAGAUAACAGACUGUUGCUGUGGAAUAUUCACCAACCAGAAUCAAGUAUUUAACAAAGCCAUGAAUAAGCAUAUAAUGAAUACAAUUGUCAACCGGUAUUGCCGUCUUUGUAAAUAUUUUGCGUAAACAAGGACAUUUCAGGGUAUGACAACGACUUCAAUUAUGUUGCUUUUGGCAGUUUAACUAAAGCAUUUUGAUGUUGCUGAAUAUUACAGCAUUGCCUACUGUUUCCUACUGUAAACAUUACAUUGGGACAGUUUCCCCUCUUCCUCUAAUGCCCCCUCUCACUUCCUUGUAUUUGCUGACUCUGGUUUCCACUAGCUGGAAUAGAGAACAAUAGCUGAGCAUACAUCCUACUUCUUUGCUGCUGCUGCUAACCGCGUUUGAAAAGUGGCUGAAAACAGUGUUUCUUUUAUUGUAAGGUAGGACUCAGGUCUCCCUGGAGAAGAUAUCAGUCUGCAGGAGCAGCCAGCCGUGCUUCUUGAACAUGCUAAUUCAGUCUCUUUGCUUUAUUCCCCGACUGCACCAAUCCUUCUCAGAUAUACUCAAACACUUUUUAUCUGCAGUUUCUGCCUGUCUUAUGCACACAGUCAGAUUUCUCCUCCAGUCACAUGUAUCGGUUAACAUAUGAUGAGAAGGACUUGAGUGAGCGCCAAAGCAUUUCUAUUUGUCAAUUGUCCCCUUGUCUCAUACCUGCGUUUUCCUCAAUUUUAAACCAAAGGCUACAAUAUUGAUUGAUGCAGUGUGUUGUGAAAGCACCUGUCUAGAAUUUAGAGCAGACUCUUUGCUAAAAAAACAAACCUGUUGGACGCUCGAAACACACCUUGAGUGUAAGCUGUUUGUAAAGCGAAGUAUUAUAGAAGGGAGGUUAUUUCUAGUGUUCACGCUUGUACUUAGAAAUGAUGCACAGCCUGGUAGACUCGUAGCUCUGUCAGUCACAGUGCAUAAUUACACGUUAAGCCCUACAGAUACUAUUUGUAUUAUUCUGUGCACUCUCUCUAUACAUUGGCUGUGAGCCGUCAGGGUAAUCAGAGAGUGCUCCUGGCGUGAAGAGAAACAGUGUUCGACUGGUUGAAACAGAGGGGAAGUGCACAUUCUCCAAGCAUAACACAUGGAAGGUGUUGAGAAUUAAUCAAAUUAUGUCUGGCAGAUGUAUGUGAAAGAUAAACCAUCUGCCUGAUCAAAGCUGACUACUCCUGUUCUAUACCUGAUUGUAUGUUAACUUGGAUUUUUACUGCUGCAGAGUGAACGCUCAGGUAAAUUAUAAAAGCUGCAAGAAUUAAAGAAAAUGAUUAGAUGCAACACUGAUGCCCAGCUGUGAAAUUCUCUUACUUUAGUGAUUGUUAUUUUUCUCUCUCAUUUCUUUACAGGCUAAAGAGAGUAUGGGGAAGAAGGAUGCCAGUGCCACCAAAUUACUCGUCGAUCAGUAUCGAAAACAGAUUGGUAAGUCCUGAUAAAUCCUAACUUGAGCUGAAAUGAUCUCUUGGUUACUCUCUUGCUCAAACUGUUUUGAUAAUGAAUGAAUAAUUCCUGUUAAGCAGUGAAACUACAUAGCUGGUAUGAAACUGUAAAACCAAAUUCCCAGAUUAGUUUUAUUUAUUGGAUCACACUCUAUAAAUUUCUAGCCUUUCUCUGCCAGGGCUGUCACUUUUUAUCAAAGUAUUCCUUCAAACUUCGGAGACAGGUUUGUGUUUGAAAUUUAAUUAUACAUUCAAAUUCAGAGGCACAUCAGGCCAGAGUAGCUUGCUGUCUGACACUGAAUGGCACUCUUGACCCCAGUGAAUUACUACAGUGAUGAUUUUCUGGAAAAAACUGGAGGAUGUGUGCUGCAAUCAAAGCCACCCUGAUGGUCAUGAUACCAAAACAUCUGAGACAUGUCUUGUGGAAGUGUUUUGGGUUCUACUCCGCAGAUUGCAGGAUAAAAAACAAAGAUAGAGCUGUCUUUAUGUACACAGAAUUUGCCUCUUCAGUGAGAACAAAUCUGUGCUCUGUCAUGGAAAAGAGCUUCAGUCACACACCAUAAAUCACUCAUGACACUGUGUUGUCUUAGUCAGAAUUUUGUGGUACUUCCUCAUUUAAUCCAAACUGCCUCACAACCCAUUUUAUUUUUAUUCCUUUGACAGCUUUGGCUGUCUGAAAAUCAGCAUAAUCUCUCUGCAGUCUUAGAAAGUUUCCCAAUUUGAAGAAAAGAAGAAACUUAAACAAGAGAGGGUUGAUUAGAAGCACAAUAGCAGCAGUGGAAGUCAUUAUAUCUAAGACAGACAAGCAGCAUCUGAAGCCCCAUUACCGACAUACAGUGAAUCUUACGCUCCAGAAAAACACGCCUCUUUUAAAUCAUGUCAGACUGCUUUCACUCAAAAACUGAUAUUUUGUUCUUCUCCAUCUUCCCCCCAAUCCACAAAGGCCUAACUAAGGCAGUAUGGUGGGUAUCAAUCAAAAGUUUGGUCCCCUUUAGCAUGCCAGCUGUGUUUCUGGAGAUCACAGCUCAGAUCACGUCUUUCUUUGUUGUUGUUUUUGUUUCUCUCUUGUGGAGAGAAAUCAAAAGGUUGCCAAUGGCAAAGCUGGAUCAUUGUGAGCAGGAACAACUGACACAAACACAGAGUGAAGCUUCGCUCUCUUUGAAGGUUUAGAGUUUUUUAAUAAAUCCAAAACGUAGCAUACAUACUGCGUACAUGAAAUGUGACUGGGUGGAUUGAAAACAACUAGUGCCCACUUUUUGAUCCAAUCAAUAUUUUUGCAGUCUACUCCAGUCUACUCUGGUCUUAAUGUAAGAGUUCUUUAGAUCUUUCACCUGAUUUCAAGACCAAAUACUUACCUAGUCCAAAAAGUCUUAACAACUGAACCAAAAAAACACUCCCGAUUGUUUUUGUGUAUCACUGCUAUGCAGACGGAUACCCAGCUCUUCCUGUCAUUCCUACCAGAAGUGGAUCAGAUCUUACCCUGUAUUGAAUUUCCCUUUGGGGUUCAAUAAUGUUCUGAUCUUAUCAUAGUUGACAGAGUAUGCAACACAGCUGUUGGUACAAGUUCUUGGAAAACAGUACAAGAACUGUAUUUAUCCCAAAAGGAAAAUUUAUAGACAUUGAAAUUUCAUACAUUGACUUCUGCAACUCCUUACCGGCAGGCCUCCCUGCAUGCAGAGUCAGCCCCCCCAAAAAACAGCACGUCUGGUUUUCAACAAACCCAACACAGCACACGUCACUCCACUGAUAAUGUCUUUUCACUGGCUUGCCAUCACAGCUUGUAUCAAAUGCAAAACCCGACAAAAAGGAACCUUGCAUACCUGGACAACCUCAUUCAGGUCUACACCCCCUCUUGCUGUCUGGGUUCUGCCAAUGAAAGACUCCUGGUGCUUCCACCACAACAGGGCCAGUCUCUUCUGCUCUGUCACCCUGUGUUGAAAUACAUCACCCAACCCUGCAGUCCCCCUCCACUCCUGAGGCACUUUCGAUCUAGCUCUUUAUCUUAAGGCCUUGAUGCUGUGACUUUAUGAAAGGGGAUGGUGUGGACAGCAACUUUCUUGACUGUUCUGAAUUAAACCCCCCAUUAAUCCUCCACAUGCAUGUUUGUUGGCCUGCGGUGACUAAUGUCCUUUUAUAAGUCAGUCAUUUGUACCUCCAAGUGUUACUUUGUUGUUAACAGAGCUAAUAAAACAGCUUCAUGAACAUUUUCUCAAUGCAUAUAAUUUCACAUUUUUCCCCUUUUGUCUGUUUUCUACAUCCUUUAUGCUAUUUUCUGUGAAUAUCUCAUGUUUUCCUCUUUUUUUGUGAUGAAAAAAAAACAAAUACAUGUCUGUCUCUGUAACGUUACAUUAUUUUUUUUGCCCCUUUGGCUAUGAAAGAAGUGGUUGUAAAUAUUUACAUAGCAGGACUGAAUAAUUCAGCCCUUUUGUGUCCCUGGUCGUGUGUGCAACCCAGCAGUACAAACAAAUAUGAGACAGACCUAAUACAGCGCCCAACCCUGCUGAAGGUUGCUUUUUUAUUUUUUAUUUUUCGAGUGUUUCUGUGUGUUCCCAGCCCCUCAAUUCAAAACUAUGUAGCACAGGUGUUGAGGCCACUUUUGUCCGUCUUCUUCAACUUCGCCUCCCUGCAACCCCUCAAUUUCAGCAGUUUAUUUCUUUUUCUUUUUUGAAAAUAAAUACUUACAGACAAUUUCAGUGAACCCCUGUUUAAGAGAGCAUGUUCGAGGCAGAGAGUGAGUGAGAGCGGAAGUUAAAAAGGACACCAGAGAGAAAAACAAAAUCUUCACAGAGAGCUGGUUGUCUUUAAGAUCCAGAACAGGCCACAUGUUUGAGAUCAUAACAGGAUGGGUCUGUUGAUGGAGAACCUGCAGUGGUCUAAGCUGGUUGUUGAGCAGUGCCAUCAUCUCUGCUGGAGAGCUUUUGUCAUGUCAGAUGGCCAUCGAGAGAGACCCUUUUGUAAAUACCAACAGAGAGCCCGCUUAUAAUUGGCUCUUGUCAGGAGAGGUGAUGGAAAAGCAAGCGGUCUCUUUGUUGGGAUGGUAACCAUUCUUACUUUUUAUUUGGAUAAAGGCAACCAUAGAUGUAGGUCUGUAAAGGGUUAUUUCAGCAAUUCAGUAAUUUAAUCCCGACUACAUUGCAAAUAACUGCCUUUACACCUAGUUUGCAAGAUCCUGCCUCUCUCACAUGAUGCAAAGGAUCUGUCAUAAAUGUGUCUGGCAUCUCCAGUUCCACUUCCAUGCAUCCUGGCAGGUUCCAGCGAUCCGCACCAUGUGGCUGCUGACUAUUUGGCCGGCAUGCUGCGUAGACUCAGAAGCAAAGCAAAAUAUGAGGAACUGUCAGACACACUGCCAGCCUGUUGGCCGAGUUUCCCCAGAGCUCUCAGAGAGAACUGGACAGUGGUCUGUCUAUCCAAAUCACCCCGUCGUUCUGCAUGUAGUGCAUAUGCGGGGGGGGGGGGCUGAAGAAUCCAAACAUACUCACACACACACACACACACACACACACACACACACACACACACACACACUCUGCUUUUAUUCUGUAAUUUUCCUUGAUAAGAAUAGAGGCUUUUAAACAUUCAUGCAGCCACAAGGGGAGAGAGGAGAUCCAUGCAACUCUAACAGGGAGAGGAUGAAGAGGAGGCAGGAGUUUGUGUGUGUGCAUGUGUUUGUUAGUAAAGCAGAGGGACAGACUGAAACCUGUUGGCUGUGCUAUAUCAUCAGCCUGUAUCAUGAUGAUGUAUAAGCCUGAAUCUCUAUGUCAGAGUGUUUAAGUGUUAAAGAGUUUGAAGUUCAAAAAUGCAUAAUAGAACAGAUAUAAUAGAAGUUAAAACUUGCAGAGGGAGCAGAGACAAAUUCACACUGACAUGAUCAGGGACAGUUUUCUGCCUGUUGGGGUUAGGGAGGGGAUUUGCGCCCUAUCAAAGAAAGAAUUUGAGUUCAUUUUUUUUCAAUAGGCUUUUCCCAGGAAAUGUAAGAUUAAAAUCAGUACAAUGAUUUUGAUAUAUAUUUUUUGCCUAGAAAUCUGAAAUUGGAUUCAGAAUUCCGACGUGGUUCUAACAUUAAGGUCAGAUUUAUAACUUUUCUAAGAAUUGUAAGACAGUUUUUUAAAGUUUAAAGUCAGAAUAUUUUAGAAUUCUGACUUUUUCUCAGAAUUCUGAGAAAAAAAGGUCAAUAGUCUAAAACAUUGUCCAAACUGAAAAUAACUAUAAGUCUGUAAACAAAGUAAUAAAUCUGAGAAUAAAAGAAUUAAGGAGAAAAAAGUGAGAAUUAAAAAAAAGUGCCAGGAGUCUUUAAGAAAAGUCAGAAUUAGGAAAAAUUUAAAUCUGAGAAAAUUCAGAAUUUUAAAGAAGGUUAGACUUCUGUGAAAAUAAAAGAAUUAUGUAAAAACUAACUGAAUAUUUAAUCUAUCUGAGUGUCCCACAACUAAAGGAGCCAAACAUUCGGAAUAUGCAACAAAAAAAGUCAUUAAUAAAACAGAGUACACUGAGGAGAGCUACGCAGAGACAAAAGCAAGAAAAACCUUUACAAAGUAUGGAGAGGAAUGUGGGGCCACUAACUCCUGUCUUGUUCUCUCAACAUGAAAUCAGUAGUGACUUCAGUGAAUACUCUGUAAAGACUUUCUGCAGACUGUAUGCUGUCUUGCAAGAGCUGAUGUUCCUCUGGGGCACUGCAUUGUGGGUACCGUACAGAGGGAUAGUGAAGGCUUUGCAGCAGGGAUGGAUGGGGGGUGCAGUGUGGCUUAGUGUAGGAAGAUAAUUGGUGACAGGACGUGUCUACAGCAUCUGUACAGCAGGGGGAACAGCAAUGACAAAUAGGGGAGCGCAUAAGCCCAAUGCAAUAUCAUCAGGGUGUGUGUUUGUGUGUCUGUGUGGACACUCCAGACUCAUGCAAACAAACCACAGGAGAAAGGCACCAUGCAUAAGGCUGUAAGACACACCUCGCUGUGAUACAAAAACAUGACGGUACCUAACACAGCCGGGUGUAAUUCUGCAGCAUUUCUCCUCAGUAUCAACUCCUCACACUUCAUUAGAGUUAAAUGAGAAUGAUUAAAGCUGAUCAAGUAUUGAACCUCACCAGAGGGGUAAGUUUUUCCUCUUUUUGGACCUAAAUUCACUUUUACCCAAAGGAAGGAGAAAGAAAAUAGAAGUUUGUGUAAAAGCAGGGGAAAAUCUGCCUUUGAUUUUUUUUCACUCUAAGCCUGUUUAAGUCCUGAUGUUGCUGCCUUUAAAUAUCCUUGGGCGCUUUGCUGCAGAGGAGGUACCUUGAGGACACAGAGAGAGACAAAGUAAAGUUAACGAAGCAGAUGUUUCUACAUUUCACUCCCUUGGUCACCUGAUUUACUCAUUUGAUCUGUCUACACUAUAGCUCCUGUGAGGAACUUUUAGUUUGGGUCAAUUUUGGCGCCCCCUGUGGACCAAAAAAAAUCUUUGCUCAUAGAUAUUUGACAUAAAAAAAUGUUACUCCUGAUUUUUCAACCCUCUUUGUAAAAUAUAAAAUCAGGGCUGGUUCUUCAGCUGCUUUGCUGACAACUACCUCCUUGCACCAGUUUUAGGCAUUAAACAUUAGAUUAUAAAAUCUCCAAUUUUGUCGCUGAGGGUCUUGUUUGCUUUUGCAUAUCAUCACAAAGAAUUGAUAUAUAUGUUAAUGCUUGUGCACACCAUUUAACAUCUGAAGUAUUUAAUUUAGUUUUUGUAGUUCUUCAGAUUUUUUCCUUCUGUGAGCCUGAGCAUGAUUUCUAUGAUCGAUGGUCGACUUGAGGCACCCUUGAAUCAAACCCCCCCCUCUCUACUGUCUGACAAGUGGAGGAGACAUCCAGUGGCCCCUCUAAUGAAUUCCCACUAGCUCACUGUCUGCUGCUGGAAACAUGCUUCUCAUUUCUAUUAGCCCUCAACGGAGUCAGAGAGGAUGAGGAGGAGGAGGAGGAGAAGGCCAGGACCAGGAGGGUUGGUGAGAGAAGUGUGAGGAGAAUGGGUUAAAUAGAAGAGCUGAAUAUUAUGAUGGAGUGUCAAAUGUCUCUAAUCUAGGAUAAAUCGAGGCUUUGACACUGAGCUUAGCCAUACAUUUUUGUCUACUCUAGUAAAAGGCAGUACCAACAUACAGUGUUGUAGUCAAGUCACAAAAGCUUGAGUCUGAGUUGAGUCUCAAGUCCUCAGUGGUCAAGACUGAGUCAAGUCCGAGUCACCAAAGAAAAAAUCUAAGUCGAGUCCAUCUGUUAUUGUCACAUACGUUUUGUUACCCGCGCUACUUGCUGUAUAGACUGUGUAUAAGCUUAAAUGUUACCUUUCACGUUGAUGGAAGAGAGUCCGACGGGAUUUGAUGCGCUCGUCGAUGACUCAAAACAAGUUGAAAAUAAUGUUGUGUGUUGUGCUCACACAGUGUGAGUAGAAAUCAUUAGUGGCACAUCGAUAUUAAUGAUCAUGUGAAAUUUCAGUAGCGGUGCACAGAAUUCAGGGAAACACUGAACCACAUGGGUCCAUCAGAACCCAUAAAGAAUGGUCUGUUAUCAAGACCUUAUACCAGAAGAAUUAAUAGAUAUAAAAUAAAACAUUUAUUGAUGAAUAAGCCUGAGUCCUCUGAGUCCUCCUCCGAGUCCCAAUGCAGCCAGAGCUUGUCCAAGUUGGAGUCAUCAGUGCACAAGUCGAAGUCGAGUCACAAGUCCGGCAUAUCCGAGUCCAAGUCCUGGAAUCAAGUACUACAACACUGCAAACAUACAGAUAAAAGGUACCAUUUUGCCCACAGGGGGCACCAAAAUCAAAUGACACAAAAUUCCCUCACAGAGGAAGCUUUCAGUGAUUGCACAGUUGGGAAAAUACUCAAUAUCAAAGGUGUGAGAGUUCGCCAAGAAUAUUUGUGCCUUGUUAAUCAGUAUUUUGUUCUUUACGCUUCAAACCUGCUUCACUGGAUUUGGAGUGCUAAUGGAACGUGAGGCACAUAUUUCCCGUGGAUUUCAGGCCUCGGUCUGUCUGCUUUUAAAAUCACAGCAGUCUGCCAUCAGCACACUUUGAAUCUUUUCUCUCCCACAACUUUUCCAGAUGGAUCCAGACUCCUUCUGUCCUCCCUCUACUUCUUGUGUUCCCUCUUUGGAUGUAAAUAAGCCCUAAUUGGUGGGGAGUUGAAACUUGAUGUCACAUCACCGGCUGAGAGAAAGUCCUAGCUGACCCUGGGACUUGAUUUCUGUCUCGUUCAUGUGCAUAAACCUCUACUUUCGAGGACCAUUGAUUAUUUAGUCAACAAUUUAAAAUCCAAACCAUCACCUGAUUUUAUUUGAUCUGAUUCCAAACUCCAACAUGAACUUUAUUUUUGAAAUAAAAUCCACAGACUUGCAGCUAUGUCCACAACCUGGGUGCGUAAAUUGGUGCUCACAAAGAUAGCAGCACACAUGCUCACACACACAAACACACGUACUGUUCAGCAAGCUGUUGCCUUUCCAACCUAUUGUUAGCAAAGUUCCCUUUCCUGCAGUGUGUUGUUUCUAAUUAGACCAAGACAGCCGGCUCUGCCUCAUGUGCAGCUCACACAAACACACACACACACACGCACACACACACAGGCUUUGCCAGGUGGCCAGUUUGCCCACAAGAAUCACCCCUGAGAGUCAAGCCCAUGGGAAGGGGAGCCAGCACAGGUGAAGUUCGUGCUGCUUAGACUAAAUCUAUGGCUUUGUUUUUUGGAUGAUAGAUAGAGGGAUGAAUGCAUUUGGGUUCAUUUUAAUGCUGUACAUUCAGCCUUACUGUGCAGAUAUCUGCAUCAUCUGAUAUCUAAUUUUGCUGUUAAACGCACCUGCAUUAUUUUGCUUCUUUGCAUUAUUAUUAUUAUUCUGAAUGAAAUAGAGAAAUUUUUGGGGCUUGAUUUGAAAGAAGAAAAGAAGUCCUAUCAAGAAAUAAAAGUGUGAGAAACACAACAUUUAACUCACCAAGAUUAACCAACUAAGGGGCUAUUCCUUCGCCAUGCUCAUCAACUCUCCAAACCCUGCAGAAGCAUCAUAAUGAAACCUGCAAAUCAAAACUUUUCAGUCAUUUAAAUUAUUUUUUUCCCCAGGUAAACAAGACUAUAAGAAGACAAAGUCAGCCUUAAAAGCAACACGGCUGAAAGCUGAAGCAAAGAAGACCUCUUCUGGUUUCAAGGUAAGACCAGUUUGGACUGUCUGAGUGUAAAACCACUUGUUUAAAAACAAGUUAAAUUGAUACUGAGCACCCUCUGUUCUUGGUUGCAGCACCUCAAUAUGUUAUUGAAAAGACCAUUCAAGCGUAAAUACUGUAGAGGAAUGCAUAUUGUUUAAAAAAAGGAUUAAAAAAACAAUAAAAUAGAAAACAUGCUAUUUCCAUCAAGAGAGGUAAGAGCUUAUAACACUGAUUUGCUAGUAAGCUUUCAUCAGGUCAUGUAAACCCUGUACCAAUAACUGGACUCCAGACCAGGAGAUGAUAUUGCAUGGUAUCAGUUCAUGGUACAUCAACAAACCAACAUUGCUUCCAAAUGUGAUAAAAGAUUUAGUUUCCAUAUCUGGUUUUAAAACAUAAUAAAUAAAUAAACAAAUAAAUAGAUAAAUAUUGAUAAUUCAUAAUUCUGUAAGGUGAGAGAGCAGAGAAUAAUAAUUCAAUUUAUUAUGGACAGUAAAAGAUGGCAGUAUGUAGAAAGUGAUAGACAUUUAUUAUAAGGUCGUUUCAUGACAAAUUGGUGCAUAAAAAUACACCAAAAUACAAUGAAGUAGCAGAUUUCAACUUGAGAGGGAUUCUCAGAUUAAAUGUAAUAAAUUUAGUUUUGGUUUAAACUUUAAACUGAAAAAUUGUCCUUUUUUUCUUUUAUUUAAUUGAUUUAAUAAUUCAAAUUUAUUAUUAUAUAUAACAGACUAAUAUAUGUAAGAAGAAGAACUUGAUUAAGAUUAUUACUUUUUUGAGAUUCCUCUUACUCUGAUUAUACAGUCAAUGAUAUUCUUAAAAUGUGUGUUUGGUGAAGCGUCCAUGCUGUUGUCUGCACACAGUAAAGAGGGCACCAUCUCAGCCCCAUUCGGAGCCAGGAAAAACCCUGUUUUCUCUUCAGGACUUCUGAAGUCAGUAUCUUAAUGUCUUCCUCUAUUACUCGCCUCGUCGGUCUGUCUCGGCCCAUCUGUGAUUCUGCUUAUUGUCUGUCUGCCAACCAUCUUCUUUCCAUUUGUCUGCCUGUUUGAGAGCGUGUCUCACUAGAUCACUUUUCAUAUCCCAGACUCUGAGCUCUGUCACAUCUUACCGUGGGUCUUCAGGGAACGUGAAUUUAUCUAUCUACCUGAAAUGAUGGGAUGGGGCCCCCUGCCUAAAACUAUCAUUUGGGAAAAAGGAGGAAUGGGAGAGUUCUCUGAAGAAGUUUAAAAAGCCUGUCUCAUCUGCCAAAAAAAGGAAGAAGAAAAAUACAACUUUUUUAAGACAAUGAGUUCCUGGAGGGUUUAAAUUCAAGGUUUCCUUCUUCUUUAAAUGAAAAAGGUACAUCAGAGAUGGAUUAUGGGCACUGUGAGAUAGAAGUUGAAAAUCUAACGAGAAAAGAAGAGUGAUAAUGCAGGGUUCAAAUUAGAGUUUUGUCAUUUGAUGUUAAGGUAAAUAGAAGGGUAGAUGUUGCUGGGUUCAAAGGUGCACAUUGCAGAGAUUGUUGUUAUAUGCAGAUGACUACUCGAUCAGGGGUACACUGUUAUGGGCUAAUAUUUGGCAUUUACCUUAUUGUCUGUUUCAGUCAAGGCAGGUAGAGCAGCAGCAAAGACUCCCAUAAUAGUAAAAAGCCAGCAUCAGCAACAAUGCAUUUAUAGCUGAUAAAAUCAGACACGGGGCUCUAUAUUCGUUCAUCACCGGCGACAUGGUGUACGCGCGGCGUAAGUCAGGUCUGCCGCGCCGACAAGGCAUGCCCAAGCACAUUUUGGUGAGCGGCGCAGCCGAGACCUGUUUUUGCCAAUCAGAAUCCGACAGUGGCGAAGUGUAUUACAAUUUUCGUGAACUAGUCAAAGAGAUCAAGAGAUGUCUGAAAACAGCAAUGCCACACGAUGGCGACAGAAGGCAGCUCCUCAACAAGUGUCACUGUAAGGGCUGCAUUGGGCGUCCUCCACACUGUCUCAUAUAAGCACAGAUGGAUUUGGUGUGUGUAAUGUUGGACCCACUAGUAACAGAAACACCCUUUCCACAAAUAAAGACACUCACAUAAAGUUGCAUAUAUUUAAACCUCACGUGACAAAGGUGGGUUGAGCGCACAGAUCACAAAAUAAAUUCCAAUAAUGGCAUUAAAAUCGGAACCACCUGUGUGUAAAGGACGCAGCGCGCUCCGUGGCCUGGCUCUUUCUUUCAUAGAUGUUGACAUAUAAAAUAAAUUUGGCUCAUAAGACUGAAUAUUAUAAUAUUCGUAUGUCGGCUUAAAGUAAAUAACUCAUCUGAGCACUAAAAUAAAUCAUCUGUUCAGCCGCCGCAGCAGCGGCAGCAGCAGCUGCAGCAGCAGCUGCAGCUGCAGCAUGACUCUGUGGGAACCUGCCGAUGAGGCAUCGGUGACGUAUGCCGAUACGCCGCCAGUCUACUAAAAUACCACUAGACCAGCUGCGCUCCACCUGCGCUGAAAGCUGACCAGGUUUCAAUCUGCAAGCUUUCAGCGCACUUUAUACGCUGGUGGCGAGCAUGAAAAUGUCACUGCACCAGCUAAUUCUGUCAACACCUCCCCCUGCUGCGCCACCACGCCCAGCUUGGCGGACCUUGGUGCGCCUCAGUCCACAAAAAUACCAAACUGGCUGUGCACUGGGCGCCGCCAGAUGGAAAUACCACUGCGCGGGGUUCGCCACAUCGCUGGCGACCUGAAAACAGCCUAUGGCAUUAAAAGCGCAGGUAGAAGAAUGAUUGAUUUUGGCCAAAGUUAAAAUUUGCAAUAUUCCUGGUUCUCAUUUUGAUGGAAACGUUUCACUGGUACUCUCAACGCUUAUCAGUUCCAAAUACUGUUGAUGAGUCUCAUGAACUACGAACAGAGGUUAAUACAGUUCAUUAAAACUUUCACUUUGUUUGCUUAUGAAGCCGUUAGAAAAUCGACUUUGGUUUGGUUUGCUGAAAAAUCAUAAAAGUUCAACUGGGCAAUUAAUGGAUUAACUGAAGCAAGCUCGGCUCUGACAAAUAAUCGGUAUCACUGCUGGUCAAGUAUGACCACUAAAUAUUUGGUUCAAUGUUCCUCUGUUUGAAAUAAACUUUUGCAAACAAGAUACUCUCAGAAAUACCAUCGUAGGUUCCCUAAUCCACUUCAUCAUUGUGUAACACUUUGGUACAAACAGGUACUCUGUGGUUUCUAAUGCUUUUAAUAGUGGAAAGGCAGUAAAAAUUUGAUUUACACAUGUUUAUUUUCCAUGGAAGUGUUGAAAAUUGAGGACGUUUGAGAACCCAAAAGCACGGCUUCCUCUUCAAGCUUGACUUGGCACACGGUACACCGAGAUGAACGAAUCAUAGUGAGGAUUAAACACUGGGUGAAAUGGUCAGGUUUUAAAAUAUGCAUCUCUUAGACACGCAAGGCCUCAUUAAGCAGGUCUUUAAUCCAAUUAGAUUAGUCCAUAUCUUGAAAUAUUGAUAGUGCUUAUGAAUAAUUCAGCAUUUUCACGCCCAAGACGAGGGGGAAUUUUCUGAGGUCGGAUUAAAAAUACCUCUGGGACGAGUACAUUAAACUGACUUGGACCCUUUGGCCUGAAGUUGGAUGGAAAUUCAGCCCAAAUGUAAUGGAUAUUUGGUCAUGCUUGCUUUCCCAUCGAGUUCUAUUAGUGAUGUAGAAAGUUGUGAUUUUUCCACAGCUCUGUGAUGACAGUAGCGACCCCUCCUCUCAGUCAUCCAGCCUGAAGUUAACAGCAAUAUUUUGGUUCCACUUUAUCUUCUUUUUCCUUUCUCUCCCUCUUUCUGUUCCUCCUCUCUUUUUUCAUUUUCUUCCCUCCUUUUCCUCUCUGCCGUCCACCACGGUUCCGGUGGAGAUGCAGCUUUCAGAUGCAGCUGGCAUCUCAGAAGGGCCAGCAGACUGCGGGCACAGAGAGGCUGGCAGCUGCCGGGGCAGGCUGUCUCAGGGCUGUCCUAGUAGCAGGCCAGUCUGGGUGAGUUGGCAGAGGAAAGAAUGGAGACAUGCAGAAAGACAAAGUAAGAGAGGGAGAACUUCUGUUCCCAUCGCAGCGAUCACAAAACACUGACCUCUGAAGUGUCAAGGAGCAGCUCCUCCGUGCGUCCGUGUGUGUUCUUUAACACAUGUCGAGUCACGGUGUGUUAACAGAGGUGGCUCGCUGCUGCCUGAAUGCAAGUGUGGACAUAUUUCCUUUCCAGCUGAGACCAACUCUGGAUGGCAUGGAGGUCACGACAGCAGAGAUGAAGAAACUGGCAGGAAGUCUAUCUUCGGUUUGCCCAGAGAGAAGAAGAGGAAGAGGCACAUUUCGAAGUAGCUCCAGCACAUAGCCUGUAGCAGAGGAAACGAGCCUGCUGCCUUUUCUAAUUGGCACAGUCGCCUUCUGUUCAGUUCUGCACUGUUUUCCCUCGGUCUUAUUUAGCCGCUAAGCCAGGGAAGUUGGGUAAAUCGCUUAUAGAAUUGGCAGAGGAUGGAGAGUACAGAUAAUGACUGUCAGUAUCAUCCAGCUGUCAUUUCUGAAUGUAUGGUGUGUACAUGUUGGAAGACUGACUUGGAUUUUCAACCUCCUAAUUAACUCUAUAAAACUUGGAUUCUCUUUUGUGAGUCGACUCAAUAAUAAUUUUUUUGUUUGUUAUUGUUGUUGUUGUGCAGUCAAACCAACCGAAAAAGCCAAACACUUUUAAAAUCACUGUGUACAGCCUCUCUGUAGUCAUGCUUACUCUGUCCCUUGGCCUUUCAGACACUUGUGUACAGACUCAUGAGCACACACCCUCCUCCUCCUGCUGCUGCUCCUCUCCCUGCUUUCCUCUCUCCACCUGUGGCUGCAUGAUACUUAGUUCUAAUGAAGGACAACAUGUUGGAGAUACUGUGGCACAUAUAUUUGGUGGGUGUAAAUAUGCAUAGGCGGCAUCCAAGUAUCAUAUAUAUAUAUAUAUAUAUUCACAUACAGUGUUAAGCUUAAAUGAGUACAUCCCUUCAGAGUUGUCAGAAAACCUUAAGUUUCCUUUCAAAAUCAACAUUUUCUAUGUCAGACUAUACAACAAAAUACUCCUCCAAAUGUAGGCCAUUGAUUGCAAACAUUUUUUUAAAGUUGCAUACAAAAAAGUUUUUUUUUUUUUUUUUUUUUCCAAUUUAAAAUGAGGAUGCAAAAAUGAGUGCGCCUCAAUCAAAGUUCUGCAAAACUAAAUUUUAGUUACCAUAUCACCCUUAUUUUUAUCUUAUGGUAAAUAAAAUGUUAAGUGGUAAACUUAGCUUGGCCAAAUUUUGGAAAUUGUACUUUAGCUCAUCUAGAUAUUGAGUAAUGCAUUACUUUUAAUAUGGAGUGUACUGACUUAUGCUGGGCGCUGUAUAUAUGUGUGUGGGAAGUGAUAAAGUUUUCCUGUUUGUGCAGCGGAAUUGGACUUCAAAACUAAAAUCCACAGACCUGUUCCUCCAAUGUCUUGCAACCAACAGUUGUUUGUGUGUUGUGGAUAUCUGCCGCCCACAUCCAGCACCACACACACAGAAUCUCUACGGUUCACACAUAGGCACAGAAGUACUGACACACACACGCACACACACAUAUAUAUACGGACAAACAAAACAUAGCAGGAGAACAAAAGGCAGACCAGAUGAGGGGACGUCUGCUGAGCUCUGGCUCGUCGCCAGGGUGACAGGGACUGAGCUCCCAGCAUGCCGAGUGUGCUGCAGCUGCCGCCGGCGCUGAGAGAGCCUCAUGAUGAAGAUGAUGAUGUGCUUUGGGCCCCAUCCAGAGGUCUCCAUCAGAAUGUCGGCGAAGCGGCUGUGCAUUUACGCCUGAGUGUAUGUGUGUGUGUGGGCGUGUAAAUAUGUUUGUGAGGCGGGCAAAGCAGGAGUCAACACAGUGGGUCUCUCUUCUCAAAAACAAUGAUCUCAAUCAAGUGCAGGUGCUUCCUACAAACUCGAGUGUUUUCACCUAAAAACCCCUCCAGCUUGUUUUCAGAAACGAGUCGCCAUAACCAGCUGUUGUCUUUCUCUCAAACCUGAAGCCAAGAGAAAGGCUAGAAAAAAAAACUGGUUUUCCAGCGUUGUGGGUCCUUUUGUUUCAGCUGUGAAUCAAUCUGUGUCAGGCGCACACACACUUUUCUUCCCGGUGUCGCCGCCAAAAUUACAAAUGCUCCUCUUUGUCAUGUUUUUCAAAGCUGUGAGCGAGCACAAGAAGAAGCAGAAAACAAUCAAGCCAGCGUGAUUUGAUAACAGUUUCUCUCUUCUCCAAGGCUGGGGCAAAAUAGAAAAGUAAAUCAAGCGGUGGGAGCCUGGCGGUUAAUAUAUGAAACUAAAGUGCAUGAAAUUUAAAAGUUUUCCAAUUAAGCUGGGACUUAAAGCUGUUUGGAGGCUGCCGGGAUGCAGAUAAACGUGGGCUGAGGCUAAUGAAGACCAAUGCCGCUGAUGACUAGGCACUACAACUUGUACACAGAUAGCUGCGGAUGCUGCGACGCCUUUUAAUUGUCCCCCCUCCUCCACCCUCCGACAGAGAAGAAUUAUUAUUAGCCCCCUGCCACCCCUGGUUUGUGCCGAGCCUUAUCUCACUCUUGUUUUCUCUGUCGUUCUUGCUCCUGUUUCUCUCUCUGCAGUUUGGCCGGUGGGUUGAAUCUGCAGACUCUGUUUGUGCGUGCGUGCGUGCGAGCGUACGUGCGUGCACGCUGCUAUGGCAAUUACUGAACUGAUGUUUUCUCAAAUUCUCAUUUUUUGUGUUUGUUUUUUUUUGCAUUUUAUACAUCUGUCACAGUUGCUGCUAAAACUCUGGCUUGCUACUUUCCUGUUUGUCUUUUCCCCCCGACUGUAACGUUGCAUCCUCUCAACCUGUCGACAUAAUGAGACAUACAUAUUGACAUAACACUAGUGAUUGAUUUCUUUGCAAAACUGGAUGGGAAAUAUCUGCAUAAAUACAAGUCAUGUUAUGAAUUUGAGAUUGCAGUCCUGUGCAGUUCAUCCUUGUUACCUUUGUGGCCCAGUUUGCACCCCAAACCCACAGCUCCAAAUAAUGCUCAAAUCAAAUAUUUCUUUGUCAAUAACCCUCAAUCAGCCCAAAACGCUAUGCGCCAUGUUCAAGCUCUCCAAGCUCUCCUGUGUUGAUUAGAAAGUUUGCAGCUAAUGAGUUCUCUUGAUAAAGAAUAACCGGCAUUGUUGAAUAGUCUGAGUGGCCCUAAUGAAACUCCAGCUGAUGAAGAUUGUAAUCGAGCGAGCGCCAUGUAAUGAAAGAGCGCUCCAGAUUCCCCAUUUUCAAGUUGAAUGCCACUCCUCUGGAAAGCCUCAAUUUGUUUGACAAUUAGCCAAAAGAAAUUAAAAGAAAAAAGAGAAAGAAUUAGGGCAUUUUGUCAGAGAAAGUUUCACUUCAGGAGAGCUAUCAAACGGAUGGAGACACUAAGAAAAGAUACUCAUACUUUUGCCCUGUUAUUAUUAUCAUUAUAAUUAUUAUUAAGUAGUCUGUCAGUGCUUUCAGUUUUGGCUCUUUUUCAGUUUUGCCUUUUCUGUAGCACCCAAACCAGUAGGGAUGGGAAUCAAGAACUGGUUCUGGUUGAGAAAUGGUUCAACCCAUCAUCUAGGGUGACCAUACGUCCUCUUUUACCCUGACAUGUCCUCUUUUUGGGGGCUGUCCGGCCUUGUCCGGCUUUGUCCAGGGAAGUUUAUAAAAUCCUUCACAUGUCUGCAGUUUUGUAUGGAAGUUUCGAGUGGACUUACUCAGCUAGAAGCGCAUAAAAGACACUUGAUCCGACCCAAAAAACUCUGAAAUUUAACUUUGUACGACUCUGUGACUCCGCCCCCACAUAUUUGUGUCCUCUUUUUGGGGAUUCAGAAUGUGGUCACCCUACAUUGUCAUUGUUUACAUUCUUACAUCUUAACGAUUCCUUUCUUCCGGGUGCCCUGAAAAACGGCCUCACAAGAGCUAGUCUACACGAACAAGAACAGAGACUUCUAAAGUGUGGUUCAAUUUACUAAGAAAGACAUCAAAAGCGCAACGUGUAACGUUUGUCGAGCAAAGGUGAGUUUUGAGUUUGUGUCAUGUGGACUUACUGAGGUAGAAGGUCAUAAAAGACACUUGAUCCGACCCAAAAAACUCUCAAAAUUAACAUUGUGCAACGCCGUGACUCCGCCCCCGCAUAGUCAUGUCCUCUUUUUGGGAAUUCAGAAUAUGGUCACCCUACAUUGUCAUCGUUAACGUUUUUAUCUUCAGAUUCCCUUAACGAUUCCUUUCUUCAUGAAAGGUUUGAGUUUUUGUAGCAUGGACUUACUGAAUUAGAAGUGUAUAAAAAACUCUUGACGUGACCCAAAAAGAACCUCAAAAUUUUGCGUGUGACUCCACCCCAUGUAGUAGUGCCCUCUUUUUGGGGAUUCAGAAUAUGGUCACCCUAAUCUGACUUGAUACCGACCGAAGUAAAUGCUGUAAAAUAUUUCGUCAUUUGAUUAUUUCUAGACUCUCACUGAAGGUGGCACACAUUUUGCUGUUAUCGGAGACUCAAUAAAUUUCGAGUUAACGGUGAAAACCUACAGUAUACUUUUUUUUAAAUCAAGGAAAGGCAUUGAUAAGAGAAUCAUUAAAGAACUGAAUUGAUGAGCAGAAUCAAUAAUUACAUCAAUAAAAUCUUAUCAGUUCCCGUCCCCACAAACCCUUCUUUAUAAAUUCCAGCAGAUCCAUGUAUGGUCUGUGCCGGUAAUGCUCAACUAAAAAAGAAAACUGUUCAUAAACGCUCUGAAGAAUAAUGUCAAGUUUGCCCUCCACAAGUCGAUGACCGGUUACGCCUCUGCUUUUUCCUUUAUAAGCCUAUCUUUUAUCUGCAACAAGUGAAUUUUCAUCUCCUUCAUUAUCACCGGAUGAAUUUUCGGUGGUAAGAAGAAGUCUAUUUACAAUCUCUGCAGCAGCUUUCAGAGUCAAACAAAUGUUUCAUGAUUUAUUUUUGCCUUUGAAAAUCAGUUUCUUUUAUUACUUUUAUUCUCGUUGAUUUCUUUUAUGUUGCUCCCACAUUGUUUGAACUUUCCAGUCUCCUGUGCCCGAGUUUCUUACUUUUGUUUUGUCUGUCAAAGCACUUCAUAAGCAUUUUUAAAGGUCCAAUAUAGAUAAAAUUAUUAUUGUUAUGAUUAUAAGUGUUGUUAAAGCGGUAAAAGAGGUAGAUCAGUUGGUGGCAUGUCUGUAUCGUGCGCUCAGCUGUCUGAAAAACACAAAUUUGGGUGUGAAAUAAAGUUGCAGCCUCCAAAGAAGAAGAAGCGGUGACAGAUGGCUCAGACGCUGAUGUCUGUUCUGUGUUUGCCAAAGAAGACGUGGAGAGGACACUCAGAUGUUUCCCAGUUGUUCAGAGCAGAUAUAAACCGCAGCGUAAACCCAACUUUAUUUUUUAAAUAUUGUUUUAUUAAAGCAAAUUUGCUCUUUAAAGAAGUGAAAUGAAAGUGUGAUGAUUGAUACUUGUAUAAUUAGACUUGUCUUUGAGAGCAAACUCAUAAACUACUGAUUAAAUAUUUAAUAUUGACUUAAAAAACAAGCUGAGAAACGGAGUAUCAGCGGAGUAUUCUUAGAAACAAAGUCAGGCUGGUAUAGAGUCCUGAAGGACUGCUGCAAAUUUAGAUGAAAAGAAAGACAAAAGGGACUUGGCAAAUAUAGACAUAACAAGAGGGAUAAAUAAUAAUUACUGCAAACAUAGUCAAACAAAGUGGAGCUGCUCCUUUGCAUGAGGACAGAUAAGAUACUGUUAGUUCUGUAAAUAAAACCAAACUUUUUAAAACCUCCUCUCUCUCUCUCUCUCUCUCUCUUUUAUUGCUCAGGAUGCAUUCUUGGUCGUCGCCGCAAUCCUCUUCUUUGUCCUCUGUGUCUACGCCUUCUUCUACCUCAACCUGAGCACAGAGCUCAACCUGGAUGCGGACGUGGAUUAGCGAUGAUCGAUCGUGGUACCGACACCAUUGAGGAGGAUGAAGAACAAAUACAAAGAAGUCUAAAGACUCCAACUGAAAUCUGUGUUUGUGCACAGACUUUCAACUUUUGUAUAAAAACAACUUUUGUGACAGCGUGAGGACGAACAGCCUCUUACAUGUAUGAUGUCCAGAAAUCUCUUUGCAACCUUAUACUUUCCUUAAACAUGACAGCAUCAUGGCGCGAGCUUUUAAAGAAGAGCAAAAACCUCAAAGUGAAUUAUUAAAUCAGCCUGAGCGGGUCUGUAACUGUUUUUGUAAAAUUCUUAAAAAGUUAGAGCCCUGUGGUGAAAAAUUUAGUGAUAAAAUUCAGCCAUUUUCCACUCAAAACUCCAUCCAGAGAUAUUGCUCUGUUUAAUUCAUACUCGCUGGCGUCACGUCCCGCUGUUGUCUCCACUAAUAGAAAAAUGUAAAUCUCCCUCUGAACCUCUUGUCACAUGGAGGCAAACACUCUCCUCACAUUCCAGUGCACAAACCUCUCCUGGUGGAUAUCUGCGGAUCACAAAGUGUGAGAUUAGAAUCCACAAAGCCCUCGCCCUGAUUGAACAUGUGUGCAGAAUACAGAACAACACUCUCUACCUGCUGCACAUAUAUGCAGCACGAAGGCCGGAUUAGCAUUACAAAUAUGAUCCUGUUCUUUCAUUUGGAUGGAAAUCACAGAGACGAGUGAUGAGUGAAUGAAGGUGAGCCUGAAUGUUUCUCAUAGGAACACCUUGAUCAUUUCUCCCUCCUGUCAAAUGUAUGUUUUGUUGUUCUGUGUCUCUAUAGAGAGAAAUGGGAUGAUUUAUGAAAGCCUCUCUAUUCCACUGCUUAACUCUUUGUGCCGCUCUGCUGCUUGGUUCAAGGACUGACCUUCCAUUAACCAUUUCAGCUGGAGCGCUCCCACUGUGUGAGAGAGUCUUUGUUAGCAGCAGAGCGCAGAGUCGAGGGCUUUUAGUGUAUUUUCCCUUUUUUAAUACUUGAAAUUACUUUUUUUUCAUAUUUCUCUUCCAGGUUUUUUUUUUUUUUUUUUUUUUUCUCAGCACACUUUGAGUUUAACUCUGAAUAGCAAUAUCCUUUUAGAAGCACUGCUGCGUUGCUUUUGGCUGUGGCUUUUUUGUACUGCUAAAAUAAAAAUACCAAACAUUCAAAAG